GGCGCAAAAGCGCCAGGCGAGGCUGCAAAGAGGCGGCGCGGCUGGGAAAUGGGCUCACACCGCCCCUCCCGCCCAGCAUGUCAGACCCCGAAGGCAGCUCGGAGCCGGAGAGCCCCCCUCCGCCCUUCUCCAGAGCGGUCCUGGUCCCCUUCGCCAUGCUGCUGGCCGUGGGCGCCUUGCUGUUCCUGGCCUUUUCCGCCUCCCAGCCCAAAGAGGACAAUUUUUACUCCUUUAAGGUGGUCAACAUCAGGGGCAAGCUGGUCUCCUUGGAGAAAUAUAGAGGCGCGGUCUCCUUAGUUGUCAAUGUCGCAAGUGAGUGUGGAUAUACUGACAGCCACUACAAAGACCUGCAAAAACUGCAGAGAGAGCUUGGCCCGUACCAUUUUAAUGUGCUGGCAUUCCCUUGCAAUCAGUUCGGACAACAAGAACCCAAUAGUAAUACAGAAAUAGAGAGUUUUGCUCGGAAAACAUAUGGCGUCUCCUUCCCCAUGUUCAGCAAAAUUGCCGUCACAGGCACUGGGGCAAAUCCAGCUUUCCGAUAUUUGGUUGAAUCCACUAAGGAAGAGCCAACCUGGAAUUUCUGGAAAUACCUUGUAGAUCCAAAUGGGAAAGCUAUAAAGGCCUGGGACUCUACUGUCACUAUUGCAGAAAUAAAGCCUCAUGUCACUGAACUUGUGAGAAACAUCAUCCUGAAGAAAAGAGAUGAACUGUAAUUUUAAAAAACAUUUGGUUUCUUUUUUGUAUUUCCAAAUACAAUUUGGACUGCUAUUCUUGUCUCUUCACAUUCCUAAAAGAAAAUAUGAUCAAGAGAAAUAAUUUUCAUCAUUCUGAGUUAGCUUUUAUACCUAAACCUGUGUUUAACCUUUGGUCUUCCCAAGAUGUUUUUAAUUUCAAAGUCCUCGUAAUGGUCAAGUAUUCUGGGAAUCAGAAUCAAAACCUAUCCACUACCACAAGUCUACAGCCAUUGCCCUCAGUACAUGUUUUCUUUGUCUUGCAUUCUCUUAUUCUGAUUAAACCAAAUGGAAAUUGUUCUCUCUUAAGAUAAGAAAA